AAGGCAACUGUCUGAAACGAAGGACCUCAAAGCGCCAAGAUGGCGGCGCCCGUGGGCGAUACCGGGGAGUUUGAAAGCUGGCUGAACGACCGACUGGACUCGUUAGAAGUUGAUCGUGAAGUGUACGGUGCAUAUAUUUUAGGGAUUCUAAAGGAAGAGGAGAGCGACGAGGAACAAGAAGAUGCGCUUCAAGGAAUUUUGUCUGCUUUUCUGGAUGAAGAUACCAUAGAAGAGGUCUGCAAGCAGAUCAUCAAUCACUGGAAGGAGUGUUGCAACCGAUUGGCUGGCAGACAAAACACCGAUGACGCUGAGGUCCAGGCCAUUGCUAGCAUGAUAGAAAAACAGGCUCAGAUUGUCGUGAAACAGAAAGAGCCGUCUGAGUCGUCGAAGAAAAGAAAAGAGGCUCUUCUUGCUCAAUACGCUAACGUAACGGAUGAAGAGGAUGAAGCAGAAGGGGAGCCACUGGCUGGAAAUGAAGUUCCUGGAAGUGAUAGAUCCCUAUUCAAGAACACCAACGUGGAAGAGGUGCUCAACAGACAGAAGCAAAAACGCGACCAGGCCCGAGAAGAUGCCCAGAAGAAGAAGGAAACGGACAAAAUGCAGCGAGAGAAGGACAAAUUAACCAAGCAGGACAGAAAAGAGAAAGAGAAGAAACGUACACAAAAAGACCCUGGAGGGCUCUCUAAAACAGACAUGAACGGUGACAGCAGUAAAAAGCGUUAUGUGUCAACUUUCAAGCUGCACCUCCAGCCAUCACAUCCCCCAUAUGGUCAAACAAAUGGGAAAAGAACAAAAGACACCAGGACUUCUGGCAAAUGCUCUGAAAUAGAUUGUCCCCAAACUCUGGAUCCACCCAUCUUUAUAAAGCCGCUUGAAGAUUGCUGUGUGGAUGAAGGAACUGACUUGGUGCUGCGAGGAGUUCUCACAGGAAGUCAACCCAUUAAAGUGACAUGGCUGCACAAUGGUGAAUUGGCGCUUUUUGGAAACUCCACCUUAAAUGGCAGGGAUGUGAGUUUUGUGGUGAGGGAAUGCUUACCAGAAGAUGCUGGGGCCUACACAUGCUUGGCUGAAAACGGUGCAGGGAUGACAUCCUGCAGUGCAGCUGUGUUUGUUAAAGACUUCGAAACUAUCUGCGGUGUCUCAAAGUUACCCGCUUCUGCAUUCAAGAGUCUGAUGCAAAAUGGACAAUCUUCGCAGCCCUCCAAAACUGAGCUGCAUAAGUUUAAAGAAUCAAUUUGUACGUCGCCUGUACAAUCUGAUCAACAGAGCCCAGUCUCCUCACCAAAAGAAGUCAUCCCGAAGAAGAGAACCAACUCAGCGACAGGCCCAGUGUUAAGCUUCCAGAAUUCACCCCAGCAUUUUGAAGUGAAAUUGGGACAAACUGCCAAACUAACCUGUUUUUUUACCGGAAGCCCCCCUGUGGUAUCCUGCUGGAUCAGGAACAAAGAACAGUUAGUCGAUGGUCCAGACGUGUGGACAGAACAUACAGAACAGAGCAGUACACUGGUCAUAGUAGAGGCUAAACCACAGCACACAGGCUGCUACACUGUUGUAGUAAAAGACCGCAAAAGCUCAGCCCAACACACACUUACCCUUUCUGUCCUAGACAAACCAGAGCCUCCUGCUUCGUGUCCGGUGGCCUCUCUCAUAUCUGUAUCCAACCUUGUGUUGUCCUGGUCCGGACCCUGCUACGACGGCGGCAGUGCCAUCCUGGGUUAUGUGGUGGAAGUGAGAAGCCAGGGACCUUCUGAGUCUGGGGAGUGGAAAAAGCUCACUGUCGAGUGUGCCAGUACCUCAUACCAAGUGUCGUCCGGGCUGCAACCAGAACAGGAGUACUGUUUUAGAGUGAAGGCCUAUAACGCAGUGGGGGAGAGUGAGCCCAGCCCACUUUCAGCAGUGGUGAAGAUGGAGAACACAGAGUUUAAGAAAACACAAGAAGAAGCCACUCAACACUCCUGUGUCAUUAUUGAAUCUUCCCACAAGGUUACAGAUCACUACAACGUCCAUGAGAAAUUGGGAACGGGAAAAUUUGGCCUGGUGUUCAAGCUCACCCACAAGGACACAGGGCUUGUGUGUGCGGGAAAGUUUUACAAAGGACGUCGGGCCAAAGAGAGGGAAGCUGCUCGCAAAGAAAUCGAACUGAUGAACCACCUCCAUCACCCCAAACUGGUCCAGUGUCUGGGAGCUUAUGAUCACAAACCGGAGAUGGUCAUGGUAAUGGAGUUUAUUGCAGGCGGGGAACUCUUUGAGCGCAUUGUGGAUGACAACUUUGAGCACACAGAGCCUGCCAGUGUGCGCUACAUGCAGCAGAUUCUGGAGGGGAUCGCCUUCAUGCAUCAGCAGAACAUUGUUCACCUGGAUCUGAAACCUGAAAAUAUUGUUUGUGUAGACACCACUGGCACCUCCAUAAAGAUUAUUGACUUUGGAUUAGCCAGUAAACUUGAUGGCAACACAGCUCUGAAGGUGAUGCAUGGCACUCCUGAGUUUGUAGCACCUGAAGUUAUCAACUAUGAACCCGUGUGUUUGGCUACAGACAUGUGGAGCAUCGGCGUCAUCUGCUACAUCCUGCUAAGUGGUGAGUCUCCAUUCCAGGGAAACAGUGAUGCGGAGACGCUGGCCUUGGUCACAGCAGCUCAAUGGGAGUUUGAUGAAGACAGCUUUGAAGAUAUCACAGAGGAGGCCCAGAAUUUCAUCAGCUCUCUACUAAAUAAGAACCCCAGGCGGAGAAUGUCUUGUGAAGAGGGCCUGGCCCACCCCUGGAUGGAGAAGUUUGACUCUGAAAACCUAUCUUCCACAAAGAGUCUGUCGAAGGAGAAGAUGAAGAAGUUUUUAGCUAGGCAGAAGUGGAAGAAAGCCGGCAAGGCCAUGCUAGCCCUAAAGAGAAUGGCUUUGUUGUCUAAAAGUGAUAGCACUGCAGUCCUCUCAAGCCCUGGAAAGGACCUUCCACUGAGCCCUGAAGCAGAGGAUGCCCUGCAAUCUUUGGAGCGUAAGAUGCAGGGACCACCUAAAUUUGCCAAGAGCCUGGAGGACCAGAAAGUAACUCAGGGCUCCUGUGCCCGCCUCUCAUGCCACCUCAGUGGAUAUCCUGAUCCAGAGGUGGUGUGGCUGUGCGGAGAUGAACCUGUAGAAGAAUCGUCCACAGCCCAGAUAGAGUAUGAAGACGAUGGCCGCUGCACCCUAAUUCUUUCAAACGUUGGACCAGAGGACGCCAAUGUUUACACCUGCAGGGCAACUAAUGAUCAUGGGGAGAUAUUCUCCAGAGCUAAACUAACAGUUCUAUAAUAGUCAAUCUAUCAUAUCUAUCUAGCUAUAUGCAAAGAGGAAUUAUCGAAACAUGAUGAUCUUGAGUGCCUUGAAUAUGUACAGUUACAAUAUCCUCUGAUGUGGGGAGGUCAAAUGAGGAAUGUACUAUAAAGCUUGUGGUGCAACUGGAAAAGUAUAACAUACACGGUUUAUAUAAAGUACCUGAAUAUAGUUACAAAGCAUGAUGCCUAAGUGAUAUUUCCUUAUACGGCUUAGAUACAUUUAUACACUGAUUUAAACGUAGUUUUAGCUCAUAUUGUGAACAACGGAGCAUAGCUGCACUAGUCGAUAAAUUGAUUAAUUUUAACUGUUGGUAUCAAAUUGUGAAGAUGACAUAUUAUCUGCUUUAAGGUUUUGGGGGAACAUUUUUAAAAUGUCUUAAGUCUGAAUAUAUUGCUAGAAUGAAUGUAAUAAACUCUUAUUUAGUUUUAAAUAAAAUGCAUCUUAAGUUUUUGUCCUACAGUGUGCCACCUUUGCUGCUGUUUGUCCCAUCAUUUGGUUGUCAAGAACCUGUGAAAAUUUGUAUGCUGCCAAACAUUGUGCAGAGUCAUGGAGACAUUGUGCAGAAAUAUUUUUAUAAUAAAACUUGGUGAAAUGUC